AUGAAUUACUUAAAUGACUUCCCUUAUUGGAAUAUCCAAUCGAAUCCCAGGGCUGCGCUCUUCAUUUUGAUACUGGGAUUGGAAGCUUUUUGUUGGAUGUUGUCAAUGGAGUUUAAAGGAGAUCUUGAAGUAAAUACAAAACAGACAUCCAUUGCUCAGUUGCCUUUGGAACUGGAAAAGGGACAAAACAAAAUGACUAGUUUGGGAAGACCUUAUCUCUCAAGUGGCAAAUUGGUAGAAGAAAAGAAACCCUUGAGAAAUGUAUAACUGGACUGUCUGGGGAAAGUGGAAGAUAGCAAAUUCAGGCUUCUGCUGAAAGAGUUUGAAGAUGCACUGACAGGAAGACAUAAAAUCUACUAGAGUUUGCUGCUCUCUCUCAGCAGGUGGCUGUAAAUUGAGAAGAACCUCAUGGUCUGAAUGUCCAUUGACCAGGUAGCUGCUAACCUGGAGAUGGCAUCUGGCUUGACUGACAUAGUCCAGCAUGGUAGUAUUGUGAUGAUGUUCCUGGAGGCAGCAGCUCCCACACCAGUGGGACAUAUUCAACAGUGCUCGUCACAGGUCAGCAGAGACCAUCAGCACCGCUCAGCAGGUGAUAGUGCAGCAGGUGAUAGUGACAGAGGCUUCAGUGUUACAGCUUUUCAAAAUGCAGACAGCUCUUUCAGCGACACCAUGUGUAGGUCAAUGAUGGCAGUCAGCAGGCAGUACCAGAGGCAGGGCAAGAGGCCUGACAUAAACAUUUUGAAAUUCUGCAGAGGUUUAAGUCCAGAAGCCUUCUGA